AGUCAAAGGGGGAGUGACGACCAAAACACUUGUUUGGCCUUUGGGAGCUGUGGAGUUUACUACAGCUGACUAACGGAGCGUUGUUAUUGCUGUGUAAUAUCAGUAGGUUCACGGCGCAAAGAGGCAUAUCAAGUCAGUACCGGGUCGUCACGCAGACCUGGAGACAUUCAGAGGUAUUAUCGCGGACACCGGGGUAAAGUUGGCCGGGAGACCUAACGAUUUUUUAAUUUCAUUGUAAAAUGGUAGAUUACUAUAAAAUCCUUGGAGUGCCUAAAACAGCCUCACAGGAGGACAUUAGAAAGGCUUACAAGCAACUGGCUCUGAGAUGGCACCCUGACAAAAACCCAGACAACAAGGAAGAAGCAGAGAAAAAGUUUAAAGAGCUUGCUGAAGCAUAUGAAGUUUUGUCUGACAAGAGUAGACGUGAUUCCUAUGACAGAUAUGGAAGUGACAAUGUGCGACACACAGGGUCAACCAAUGCAGACUUCUCAGAUUUCCCAGGAUUCACUUUCACAUUCCGAAAUCCAGAUGAUGUGUUCAGGGAAUUUUUUGGAGGCCAGGACCCAUUUGCUAACUUCUUUGAUGAUUUCCCUUCAUUUGGCUCGUCUUCCCGUAUGGGUCCCAGUAGGUUUUUCUCCUUCCCUUCAGCAGGAGCGGACUUCACAUCCUUCUCUAUGAGCGGUCUCAGUGACAUGGGCAGCAUGGGUGGAGGAAUGGGCAACUUUAAAUCAGUUUCUACCAGUACUCGUAUUGUAAACGGGAAACGUACGACUACGAAAAAGAUCAAGGAAAAUGGACAGGAAAGAGUGGAAAUUGAGGAGGAUGGCGUUUUGAAGUCAGUUAUCAUAAAUGGUGUGGAGGAUGAGAUGGCUCUUGCCCUGGAGCUGAGCAAAAGAGAGGGUCAUCCACAAAACCCACAGAUCCAACAGAGACCUUCCAACUUCUCUGAACGCUCUCAGGGCAGUCAUCCUUCUGCUACUACAAACCGCUCGUUCAGCUCCGGUGCGUACUUUAACUACAGCGACCGUGUGAGAGAUGGUCUUGAUGAUGAGGACGAUGAAGACCUGCAGAUGGCGAUGGCGUACAGUCUGUCUGAAAUGGAUGCACAGCAGAGGGCAAACGUUACCGACUUUUUAUCAGGUGCUGGGGGCGGGGUUAAAGUCAAAGUGGAUAAAAGGGUUAAGAAUGCAGUAACUGUAGAUAUUGUUAACAAUGAUGUCAUAACUGUGAAAAAGGAGCAUAGCAUGACUUUUCCUCCGGAGUCUCCUGAAAGAUCAGGCAGCUCAUCAAAUACAACGUCUAAUGUCACAUCACCAAGUCAUGACAGUGCCACGGAAAAUGAUAUAACGCAGAAAAACACAGAACAUAGCAGCCUGAGAAAGAAAAACAAGUGUGGCUGUGUUGUGUGCUAAUUCGGCAAUAUUAGUGUUUUCUACCAAAUGUGUGCCAUCUUUUAUAGUUGUGAAAGUAACAUAAACUAACUGAUGAAUUAAAACAGGUAUUUUUUGUGAAUUCCAUAUAGAUGAUUGCUUUGUGGAGUAGUGGUUUUGGGUUUAAAUUACACACUGAUGUCAAUAUGAUAUGCUGUAUCUAAUGUUGCCUGGCUUUUUCCAUUUGCCUUGGAUCCAGAAUAUACACUGCAAUACUUUAUGAAGAUGUGAUAUCUCUGUAUGUAAAAUACAGAAAGAUAUCAUUUUAGACUUGACAGACAAUAGGUGCAUAGGAAUUGUUGCCAAAAUAAUGGGAAAAAAAAAAGCAAAACUCUUAUGGUCCUCAGUCAGUGUCUGAAGUGAGUGUUUUCUGGUUUGUAUUGUGAAAUAGCUAUCAUGAAGCACAAAAGUACAAUUACAUUAAUGAGUGAAUGUUUUUUGUUUUUUUGAGAUUUAAAAUAUUUUGUGGGUAUAAUUAUUUGCAGUGAAGGUUUAACUUAAUCUGAGCAGCUCUAAUAGCAUAAAUAGAAUCAACACUACAAUGUGCAAUAUAUUGUUAAUUUAACUGCUCUUAUGCACUUUUGCUAAACUGUUUUAUACAAAAUAAGGCAAAAAGAAAAUUAAAAGCUGUUAAGCAGAAUAUAACUUUACAUUUUUUGUACCUUUUUUGCUUAAAAUUACAUUUUUAUAUGUAUUUUAUGUUUACAUUUCUUGUGAUGUGUCAAACAAGUGCCAAUUAAUGGGAAAAGGAGGGGUGAGUUUAUUAAUUAUGAAUUAUUAAAAUGACUGAUAUGAGCAUUUGUUCAUUGCUGAUAAGCCUGCUCUACUGCUAAAAAUCAUGCGAUGCUGCUCAAGGAAAUGAUGCGGAAAUUUGUUCAAAUUGACUUGAAUCAAAAUGCUGAUUCCCCUCAAUGAGCUGCUAUUGCUCACUCCAGUAAUUAUUUAAGGGAUAGUGUUAUACAAUGUUUUGUUAAUGUUUCUAAAGAAAAUAAAAACUAACUUAUGUA